AGCUAUCUCUUUCAACGAGUCGAUGCCCGAAAUUUGAAUUAGUGUUAGCUCGUUUUGCGUUAGCGAUGGAGUUUUAUAUUUUAUUUAUUAUUUUUCAAUUAAUUUCACAAUCGUGUGCAAGGUUGCAUUUGGAUGAUUUUCCAAAUUUAUAUCCAUUUGAUAGAGAUCUACAUGAACGGGUUCUCGAUGAAAAAAUGUGUCAGCGACAACUUCAUCAUAUGAUGAUUGAGGAUAUUGGAAUUCUUACACAAUUUGUGGACGCAGGAGCGCGAACGCCGAAAGGAAUAUUAAAAGGAAAUUUGAGAGACAUUGGAAACUAUCAUCAAUGUUUAUCCAUAAGGCAGGAUGCUUUAGAUAUGACAUUUGAAGGAAAAUAUUGUUUAAUCAAUGUACCUUUAAAUCAAGAAUUUGAUAUACCAUCAAUUGAAUGGCCUAUAUUUGACCCCGAUACAUUAAAAAUGGACGGGUACUUGGAAUUAUUGGAACAAAAUGAAUUAAAAGACUCUCAAUUAAGAAAUGCAUUAUCUAUUGGACCCGAUAUAUUGGGAUCAACUUCAAGGCUUGGAAAUGAUAAUACUACUACCUUUCAAAAUUUGGCGCUGAAAUUAGCUAUUUGCAUACCGAAGGUAUGCACAACACAUGAAGCAAUUAACAGUAUAUUAAAUAUCACAUCAUAUGGGUUUGUUUAUGAGGAUAAUAUGUGCAGACUGCCGAAUGAUAGGCAUUGGGUAGCUGGGGACUAUGUAGCUAUAGUGCUGUUCUCAGUCAUUGGUUUCUUGAUAGUAGUAAGCACAUCAUAUGACCUUUAUCAUCUAUGUUACCUCAAAAGAAGUACCAAACGAAUGCAUCCACUUCGUCUAUUUUCCGCUUACUUAAACAUGGCAAAUUUAUUACGUAGUUCUGGUAAACCAGGGACCCUUGAAUGUUUGGAUGGAAUAAGAGCACUUGCAAUUAUUUGGGUCGUACUUGGACAUACUUUCUAUAUCAUACCUUAUGUUGGAGCCAACAUGAUUGAUAUUGCUGAGUGGCAGCAAAAAGUUCAAAACAUUUGGGUGACUGGGGCUCUUCUUACUGUCGAUACUUUUUUCAUGCUUAGUGGUUUACUAGUCGUUUACAUCGGUUACGUCAAAUUCACACCAAAGUCUCUCUUGAUGAAUUUGCACAAGUUUUACCUGGGACGGUUACUUAGGAUGUUUCCAAUAUUGGCAAUAGUUAUACUUUUUGAAGUUUCUUUAUACAAUAGAAUAUCCGAUGGUGGAUUCUGGUACAUAGCUGGCGAAAACGUACACAAGUGUAGAGCAUUUUGGUGGACCACACUUCUUCACAUACAGAACUUUGUAAAUCCUCAUCAAGCUUGCCUUGGCGUAACGUGGUACCUGGCAAUAGAUGUUCAGCUUCAUUUAAUAUCUCCGUUGGUACUAUUCUGGCUGUUACGUGGUAGCAAGCGUUCUUCUUGGUCAGCUCUCAUCAUAGGACUUACCGUAUCACUACUAGUUGCUACUCUUUACAUAUUUCUCGUCGAUAGUACUAAUGACUACUACGCUCAGUACUAUGUGAAUGUAUUAACCCGUUCACCGCCAUUCUUCGUUGGUAUGAUUAUUGGAUAUAUUCUUCGCAUUUACAGGAAUAAGAAGGUCAAAAUGUCACGAGUAAUAUCUGCAUUCUUUACCCUGGUCGCUGUCGGAAUGACCUAUCUGAUGCUUUACCUCAACUAUCUUCACACCCAACCUGAUUGGAAGGAGAACCAGACAUCAUCCAAGUUGAUCGACGCAUUUUCUCGCGCGAUAUGGGCAGCAAGUUUGGGAUGGAUUAUAUUUGUUUGUGUUAAUGGUUACGGGGGUCCAAUCAACUGGUUCCUAUGCUUAGAAAUAUGGAAGAUCCCUGCUAAAGUUUCCUACGGGAUGUAUUUGGUACAUUAUUCAAUGAUGAUUGCUUACUAUGCAUCCGCGUUUGAUCCUGUCUAUUUCACAGUGGGUUCAGCAUUAUUUAGAUUUGUCGGCUUCCUCAGCCUAACAAUCAUUCUUGCUAUCCUCGUAACGGCACUCAUAGAUUAUCCUAUUGCGAUGCUUUUCAAGCCUCUAUUGGAUAUAAAGCCACCUCAUCAAAAACCUUUAAUAAAGGAAUCGCAGGAAAACACCGAUGGACAAAAUAAUACUCCACCUCUAGCGAGUAAUGGUGGCAAUGUGAAUCAAGCCUUUGAGCCUGAUGAAAAAGAAAAUGAUGAAAAAAGCGUUGACAAGAGUAAACAAUGAUGACACCAAUUAAAUUGGUUAUUGGACUGAAACAUUUAAUUUUACUAAAAUUGUGAUAGUGGAUAAAUUCGUGAAUGUUAUAAUAUAUUAUAAGAAUAUGGAAAUAUGCCUGUUCAUUCAAGUAGAUCGGAGAAUUAAAAUUGAGACGGAGUGAUACAAAGCAAUGUUUCAGACUGCGCUUGCCCAUUGAAGCGAAGCAAUUUGAAUCGGAUGUGCAUCUUCCUCACAUCUGUUGACUUGCUUACUUUAAAUGAUUGAAUUGGAUUUACGGAGGAGCAUUCCUUUCCGGACUUACUAAGGCGGAGUGGAGUUCAGUUUCAUUUUUAUGCAACCCUACUGGUAAACCCAUGCACAGCGCAACUCCAAUCCUCUGUCCGCUCUCUUCUCCGCUUCAAUGGUCGGAUAUCUAAUAGUGAAGUAAUUGUUUUUCCUACUUCCCCAGUUUCGUACAAUUUGAUAGUUUUGCUUCCACUUUAUUUUUACCAAACGCUCAUCGUUAUAUGGAUAAGCGUAUACGCUUCAAUAGGAAUGAUGAAGAGAAAUAUUGUGGAAAUAAAAUUCACCACCGUUAACAUAGCAAUAAGUACUAAGUCAAACUAAAUUAUUUAUUAUUGAAAUAAGAGUGCAUUAGCAUUUAAUUUUAUAAUUUAUCUGUUAGUCUAGUCGACAAGUUGAAAAUGGUACAAAAUAGAGAUACUGCUCUUAAAAUUAUGUGCGAUAACUCAUUGGAUUCGAAAUGACGCCUAGAUGUACCAAAAGCGUGUAUUAGCACAUAAAAAAUUGCAAAAGUUAUAAACAAUUAUAGAAUAAAAAAUAAAUGGCAUUUCGUUUUUUGCUAAUAUUUCAUAAACUAUUAAUAUUUCAAAAAUUUCAAAAAGAAAGAUUCUGAAAGAGGAGGAAACUUCCAAUAAAAAACUCCGAACUUUUGGAACUCUAUCUCCAUUAUUUAUAAUUUUAAUUUAACGCUGAAAAUAGGUGUGCGCGCGACAUUUUAUUUUGUACGCGUGGCGUCAAAAGCGAGUACGGCACAUUAAUUAAUUUAUAUAAGGUAUUGAAAAUUUUUUUAUAAAUUUGAAAAAAAUAUUGUGUGUUCUGAUCACUAUAAAUAAUUUAUUACUGUUGGAAAUUUUGUUAACUUGUUGAAAAAUUAACAUUAAGUAAAACACGCUUUUGGCACAUUUCAUUGUCGUCAUAUAUUAUAUUAUACAAUGAUUAUUAUUUUAGAUUAUUAAUAUUAAUUUCGUUAUCUGUGUUAAAAUCUAUCUAUUAUAUAUCUGUUUAGUAGGAAAACAAUAUAUAUUAUAAAGAAUCAUAGUAUUUUUACCUACUUAAUGAUAAUUAAUAAUUUGAUAUUAUGAAUCUCGUUAAGAGAAUUAAUAGACAUCACAGACAAAUUUUGUGCUUCUAGCUGUUUUAGCUAUACUGAUGAAUAUUUUAUUACCGUAUUACGCCCUUCAUGUAACUUUUAUAUUAUAAUUUCAAAAUGUGUAUUAAACUUGUUUUAAAAAAUCAAAGCAGAACUGCAAGUACUUAUCAGAAGGCAUUCGAAUAAAAAAGAGGAUGUCCUUAAAAUAUGCCGAAAAAGUAUUGCACCCAAACUUUACUUUGAACAAAGUUCUCUUUUUUGAUGAGAGUAUAAUCAUUCUGAAUUGUAACGAAGGAAGAAACAACGUGUAAAUAAAGAGCCAGCUAUGUUGGUGUUUCAUGGAUAUUUUGGAGAGCAAAAUAUAUUAAAACCUACUUAUAUUUGCUUACAUUACACUCAUUACAUUGAAAAAGGGUAUGGAACUUCAUGUAGUACCUUAGUCACAUUAGUUCAUGUUUAUGCAUGACAAUACCACAAGCAUUUUAAAUAAAUAAGUGAGCGUUGGUAUUAUUGACUAGCAAGAAGACGCCGACUGCGAUCUUCAAGAUAUAUACUAUUUGUAUUGAAAAAAUCUUAAUAGUUUAAUAGAUUACUUAAGUUUUAUUUUAUUUUUUAUAUAAAGUCUGUUAUUUAUUAAGUCCUGUGUAAAUAAAUAAAUAUUAUUCGAAAUAAUAAAUAGAA